AUGGUUCAAUUCACAUGCAUCGGGUACACUGCCAUGCGGCGACGCCCUCUAUGGGAAGAUUUGAUGAAGGGAAUGCGGAGACUAUACAAUGAUAACCUUACAACUGAGAAUCAGGAGCAAUCAACACUGUUGCGUCUGCCAGGUGAACUGCGCACUGCGAUCUACGAAUACGCUCUCGGGGGCCAGGACAUCACAAUCCGGAAACACUUGAAGACAUACCAGUGUAAAGCCUUCAAAAUCUCGUACUACGUUGGUCCAUUGAAUCAUGUGAAUCAUGUGAUCGACAUUGAUGGGGAUGAAUGGAGCUACAGCGAUGACGUUUCUCUCCUGCUGGCACUUCAACGCACUUGCCGUCAAAUCUACCAGGAGACGACAGGCAUGUGGUUCGCCCUCAACACCUUCCAAGGUCGCGCAGACGCGAUUCCCGCAUUCAUCACACAUCCGAACACCAAGAUUCAACACAUACAAAGCGUCCGUCUUCGCUUCAACGCGGUCACCAGGCAACGCGGUGUACCGCGUGUUCCCGUUAUUCUGACCAGCGACCUUCACGAUGCGUUAGUAUCGUUGCGACUGUUGGAGAGGCUGAAGAAGAUCUCAAUCGUCUUGCCAAGGUCUGAGCGGCCUGAGCGCGAUACUGAGGAGGCUAUUCUGGCUGAGAUGAGGCGCGUAUUGGAGCUGGAAAGGGAAGGAACGCGCGUGCAGAUCACUUUGGAGUUUUUCGAUCGAUAG